UGAAGAGCGGAUGAGUUGAGUAGACCGCGUUUUGCGAGUGUCGGCUUGACAGCAGUGAAACAACGACAUCGUUUUAUGUAUCAUAAACACGAUAUGAGCGUCCAGCAAAUGUACUUAUCAAAAUGCUAUUACAUUUGUAGCUAUUACCAUUAGCUGACUUGAAUUGCUGACUUCUCUGUUUUGGUGCUGAGUUCCCAAACAAGUAAACUUCAUCCGUGACAGUUAAAUUCAAGCAGUUGUCAGUCAUCGGAUCCAGAAUUUAACCGGGUGAGCAUCUGGAUCAUGUCAGAUUUAUCUUGGUAAUGCCAAUAUUGUCCUCAAUGUCUCGUAAUUGGAAAACCAGCAGGGAGAUAGCUUAUUUAGUGACGCUUCUUGACUGUAAAUUAGCCGAGUAGCCGAAGGUAGCUAAAUUAGAUAGCUAGCAAAUUAGCUCGGGUGAUCCAAGCUGCAAUGACAAUCCAGCUACUGUAAUUUCUCUAGCAGCACUGCCAGCAUACUCUGUAAUUAUUUUCAGAAGAUUGGAGUCUUGUAUUUUUUUUAAAGUGAGUAGCUCACCAUGAUCAUAAUCACUUAUGCAAUUUUUUAUUGGUUAUAGCUCUUUUACUGGUCAUUUUGUUACAGAUGGAUCAAAUGUUAUUAAUAGCCCAAUGCAAAUAAACCAUACCAUAUUGUCAUAGGCUGAAUGCACAAAGUGUACUUUCUAUAUUGGUGACACGCAUGACAAUGACAUGUACUUUGAGCCUGAGGCAAUAGCACUGCUAUCUUGAUGGACAUGGGUCAAUGAAGAGACUACAAAAAGAGUGGUUGCUCUUAUUAUUCCCCUGCACAAGAAGUGGUGAAUGCAAAAACGGUCUACUUUCACAGUGAAAAAAUACCAACUUCUGACAGUUACCCCUAUAAAUUGCAGAAACACCCUACUAGGCAUUGAAAGGGGCUUGUAUGUAUGUGGAGUCUCCAUCAUUUCAACCUGGUGAUGUGCUGCCUAUGAUCCGUGCUCUUAUCCACAAAAUGGAGGCAGGUAAUUGCCCUGCUGGAAACGAGGAGAAACAAACCGUUUCCUCACCUUCAGCUCAACAGGAGAACACUGCUUGUGAUGGACCUGCUGUAGAUGAGCCAGACGGCCAAAGCCAGUUCUCUAGAGCUGCUUCUUACCCUGAAUCAGAAGACCUGGACUCCUUUAACCUAAUAGAGCCCCCUCCUCUGGACUGGAGGUCAGACGACUCUAGUGAAGCAGGUUCAGUGGAAGUGAUGGACGACCCUAGCUUCCCUCCCUCCUUGGUCCCCGUGGACAGUUUAGAGGACAGAUUAAGUGAGUCCCUACCUCCCUUGUACACCAGUGACACUGCAGCUUCUUCUCUGGUAGUUAGCCAGGAGGAGCUAAUCGACUAUGCUCCUGAGGAUAACACCCCAACCAAACAGGUUCUGGAUCCUAGCAAAGAGGGAAGAGAGGUGGGGGAUGCGAUGGAGGAGAAGGUUGAGAUCAGGAGAACAGGUGACAAAGACCACACGCGGAUCCACCACCUGCUAAACAGACUCCAGGUCAUUGGAGAAAGCACUCUCCACAGGGACUCAACCUCUGACCCUACACCACCACCAUCAGAAUUCUCUGAGCCCUCUGAAUUUGAGCCUCCAGGCCCAUCUCUGUUGAUGGACAUCAGCCCAUUGCUACCAGACCCAGAGCAGAACCCGAAACAGGCCUCGGAGAUGCUUUUCUCAGAGAGUAACCAGAGAGACCUAUUAGGGCUGUUGGAGUGUACGGAGAUGGGGGCUUCCCAGCCCAGUUCCUCUGACAUCAAGGUUCCUCCUUACAUGGCCCGGAGAGGGGAGAUGGACGCGGUGGUGUCGGUCUCCUUCAACCAGGAGGAUGGCGAAAGGUUCUGGGAACACUUUGGGAACGGCUGGCGGCUGCGCCACAGGGAUGACUCCGUGGAGUCUUUCCCGGAGGACGAGGUCCCAGAGCCUGUAUGGAUGAAGUUAGGGGAGGAGGCUCCGGAGGUAGACUCUGCAGAGAACAGUCAGCGGGGCGCAGAGGACCGCCCAGCCUAUAAAGACGUGCCUGGCCCCUGUGAUCCAAAUGACCUCCUGGAUGGGGUCGUAUUUGGGGCCAAGUACCUGGGCUCCACCCAGCUCAAGUCUGACAAGAAUCCCUCCACCAACGCUCGAAUGAAACAGGCCCAGGAGGCUGUGGACAGGAUCAAAGCCCCAGAGGGAGAGUCUCAGCCUAUGACCGAGGUGGAUCUCUUCAUCUCCACUCAGCGCAUCAAAGUCCUCAGCGCAGGCACACAGGAGGCCAUGAUGGACCAUCCUCUCCAGAUGAUCUCCUACAUCGCAGACAUCGGCAGCAUCGUGGUCCUGAUGGCCCGCAGGAAGCCGGCCGGGGGGCGUAAGGGCCAGGAGGGGAACCCUGCUGUGGUCAACUCCCCCGGGCCACAGAAAAAGUGCUGCAUGAUCUGCCAUGUGUUCAACUCUGACGAGGCCCAGGUGAUCGCUCAGGCGAUUGGCCAGGCCUUCGGUGUGGCCUACCAGCAGUUCCUCCAUGCCAACGGCAUCAAGGCCAGUGAGCUGAGGCCCAGCGAGUACAGUGACUACCUGGGGACACAGGAGCACUAUAACGGAGACCUGGUACACUUCUCGGAUUCAGAUAACAUCAGAGAGGUGUCCAUCUCCAAGGCUCCCAGGGAGAUAGUGGGGGUGGCUGUGGUGGAGUCGGGCUGGGGCUCCAUCCUGCCCACGGUGAUGGUGGCCAACCUGCUCCACGGUGGUCCUGCAGAACGCUGCGGGGCCCUCAGCAUAGGAGACCGCAUCAUGUCAGUCAAUGGCACAAGCCUGGUGGGCCUUCCCAUAGCCACCUGCCAGAGUAUAAUACGGGAUUUAAAAAACCAAGCAGAGGUGAAGCUCAGUAUCGUUCACUGCCCUCCCGUCACCAUGGCAAUUAUCAAGCGACCGGACCCAAAAUUUCAGUUGGGCUUCAGUGUAGAGGACGGGAUUAUCUGCAGUUUGAUGCGUGGAGGGAUCGCAGAGAGAGGGGGCAUCCGGGUUGGACACCGCAUCAUUGAAAUCAAUGGGCAGAGUGUGGUAGCCACUCCUCACGAGAAGAUCAUCCACAUUUUGACUGACGCAGUCGGGGAGAUUCACUUGAAGACCAUGCCAGCCUCUACGUAUCGCCUUCUAACAGGACAAGAAACUCCAGUAUUUCUCUGAAAGAACGGUGGAGAGAAUGCUGCCUGUGCUCUCAGAAGCAAACAAGGAAGAAUACCAUUUGGAAGCUAUACACAUGUACACACGAAGCCUCAAAUUGGACUAUGCAAUUGGACUGUAUCACCUGGCUAUUGAUACACCACUGAACAUAAAAAAAAAUGUUGCCUUUAUUUAACUAGGCAUGUCAGUUAAGAACAAAUUCUUAUUUUCAAUGUCGGCCGAGGAACAGUGGGUUAACUGCCUGUUCAGGGGCAGAACGACAGAUUUGUACCUUGUCAGCUCGGGGCUAUGAAUUUGCAACCUUUCGGUUACUAGUCCAACGCUCUAACCACUAGGCUACCCCUACAUAAUGGGGUUAUCCACCUGAACAGAAUAUUUUAUGAUGUAUGUUAGAAUAUCAGGAUGAUACAGCAAAUGUUUUCAAGGAUAGAAUUGUUAAUACAUCUCUGUUUAUAUUUAUGAAAUGUUAAAGCAGAUAACUGAGAUCGUCAAUAGGAAAAGUGAGGUUAUCUUACUACCAUACUAAUUAUCUUUCUGAACAGGAAAAGCAUGAGUACCUGCAAUUAAUUACUUCCACCGCCAUUCUUGAGUUGCCGAUGUGCCUCAGCUCAGUGGAACUUGAAUUCAUGGAGAGGAGCCUAAUUUAAGAAAGCUGGUCCGUAUGUCUCGUCAUUACGUGCUUCCCACCUCUAGACAAUGUCAUUGAGUAACAUGCACAUCAACAAGCGACUACUACAUCAGCAUUACAUUGUUAUUAUGUGUCUCCGAACAGUGUCCUAUUAAUAUGCUGAAAGAUUUUACGUUGUGCAUGCCAUUCCCCAUUGUUCCCAUUUCAGUGCCUGGAAGAAUUCAGAACUUAGUUCUGUAUUUUCAGAAUCAAAGGUAACGGCCUUUAGUGUUAGAGAUAUACACUGAGUGUACAAAACCUUAAGGACACCUGCUCUUUCCAUGACAUAGGCUGACCAGAUGAGUCCAGGUGAAAGCUAUGAUCCCUUAUUGAUGUCACUUGUUAAAUCCAUUUCA